AUGGCUGCGCCACCAAGUACUGGGGAUCGAUCAAACCCGUCUCCGAGUGUUAAAGAGCUCGUUGGCGAUGCGCUUGGUGGGACCACGAGGGAUCUCGCUACCCUCGCCCAGACCAUUGCUCCCAGCGUGCCACAGAUGCUUCACGAGUUUCGACCAUCGGAAAACGACAAGUUUCUUAGCUCGUUUUAUGUCACGGUCUGUAUCCUGUGA